CCACUCAAAUUCAAUCAAACCCAAAUCCAAAUACAGUUAAAACUAGGAAUUGGAUUUGACAGGAAUCAGAUUUGAUGCAUCAUCAAUAUCCAUCGUUGUGAUUCUUUUGUUUCUUCAAUCAUUUCUAUUAUUCUCAUUGUAAUGUACCGUUACCGUGCCAUCACGAUUAGUCUGUUACGAGCUGAUAACGAAAUCUUUCUUGUUCUCCUAUUAUGCCACAUUUGUUAGAUAAAUAAAAAAGCUUUUUAUAAAACGAAACUUUUGAUUCCAAUGAGCAGGGCGCAAAGGUCUUGCCCUGCCCUGUGGACAUCUCUGAUUAGAACCACCAAAUAUUAAUGAUAUUGAAGUGACAGUUCUUAAAUUAAAAGAAGUUUAUUAAAGAUUAACUUUUCUUAUUUCUAUAAAAAAAAGUAAUUUUAAGUUGGUGCAUUUACAAUUCAUAUGGAUCAUGAUGAAAUUCGUCCAUUUGAUGGAGAUUUAACAUUUUUUGGGAAAAUAAUGGCAGCAUUACCAAUUGAUAUUGAAUUAUCACGUUUAAUUGCGUUAGGACAUGCAUUUGGUUUAGUUUAUGAAGCUCUGCUUAGAAGUAAAUUUAAUUUUGUUGCUGGAACAUUUUGUGGUUGUCAAGCAUUUUUAAAUGUUUAUAAAACAUGGCUUUAUCAUGAAAGUAAUCAUACAUUUUUACUUAUUGAUGAAUUACGAAAUCGUUUACGUCAAUUACAUAUAUUUGUACCACGUAAUGUUGAAUCAGAUCAAAUGCAAAGACAAAGAAAUCCAAUUACUCAACAACAAAACUUCUUAAAUUUUAAAAUUAUAAAUGCUGGUGCUUUUUAUCUAGAUUAUUAUAUUCGAGAACCGAUCGAAUCUGAAACUGUCGAUUGA